AUGACAAAUGAUAUCGAUAGUAUGGAUAUCAUUCAGUUUGCUGAUGGAUGGUAUUCCUAUCCAGAUCUAAAUACAUUUGAUAGUGAUUUACUUCUGGACGUGCUGACGAUUCGAAAUGUCAAACCAACGAAAGCUAUAUCGCCCUGGAAUAUGAAAGCAGAAAAUUCAACUGCUCUUCCACUCACUGAAAUCGCGACUCGUCAACUCGAAGCAUUAUUCAAUUUAUCCCAAUUACUAUUUGGUUUAGCUCGAGCAGAACAAUCCAAUUAUACAUUUCGUGAUUUACAAUUAGGUCAAUCAGCACGACGAUUUCAUGAUCAAUCGAUUAUUUUUCAAUUUUUCAACUGCUUGUCAACGAUGUUUUAA